AUGGCAGACGAGAAGACCUUCCGCAUCGGCUUCAUCGUGCUGGGCCUCUUCCUGCUGGCCCUGGGCACCUUCCUCAUGAGCCACGACCGGCCCCAGGUCUACGGCACCUUCUACGCCAUGGGCAGCGUCAUGGUGAUUGGGGGCGUCAUCUGGAGCAUGUGCCAGUGCUACCCCAAGAUCGCCUUUGUCCCUGCCGACUCUGAAUUCCAAAGCGUCCUGUCCCCGAAGCCGCCCGGCUUGCUGGAGAACGGACUCACUGCCGAGCAGAGCACCCAGCCCCCCUACGUCAGGCUGUGGGACGAGGCCGCCUACGACCAGAGCCUGCCAGACUUCAGCCACAUCCGGAUGAAGGUCCUGGGCUACAGCGAGGAUCCCCGCCCCCUGCUGGCCCCUGAGCGGGGGUGGCAGCAGCCGCGAGCUGGGGACAGCGCGGAAGGUGGCCCUCGCGAUGCUCAGGCCCGGAUGGAGGCUGCCGUGGUGGUCCACAGGGGCUCGGAUGAGGACGAGGGAGCAAGAAACCCAAUGCAGAGCGGUCCCAGCUCCCCAGCCCCUCCCCGGGGUCCUGCACCUCUGGCUUCCUUCCAGGAGGAAAUGGGCAUGGGCUCCAGUGAGGGCAGCAGCCCCAACCCAUCUCCGCCCGAGGGGGGGGAGCCCUGGGCCUGCAGGUGCCAGCUGGACCGCUUCCACGACUUCGCUCUGAUCGAUGCGCCCGUGUCGGAGGACACCCCGCCAGCGGGACAGUGGUGGGGCGCGGCCCUCCCCAGCUACGGGCCGCGGCCCCCGAGGACGGGAGCGGAGGACGAGGCGUCCGACACAGGCGCAGAGGAGCCGGAGCAGGAGGAGGAGGACUUGUAUUAUGGGCUGCCCGACAGCCCCGGGGACCCCCUCCCGGACAAGGAACUGGGCUUUGAGCCCGAAGCCCAGGGCUUCGAUGGAACUGCCCCCGGGUGCGAGCCUGGCACAGCCACCAGCCCUGUGUGA